AUGGGCGAAUCCGACGCUUAUUACAACGGGGGUCAACAGCAGCAGUAUAACGGCGGUUAUCAGCAGCAAUACCAACCUCAACCUCCUGCUGCCUCGUACCAGGCGCCUCCCCAGCAACCAUACCAGCAGCAGCAAGGUCCUCCUCAGAAUGGCACUGGCAAUGGCAACGGCUACAUGCCCGCCCAAGGCUACAAUGGUAACGAAAAGGGUUCUUUCGACGAACAGUUCAAGAUCGCGAAGCCAAAGUACAAUGAUCUCUGGGCUGGUAUCCUCCUGAUUCUCGUGUUUACCGGCUUUGUCGUCGUCUCUGGUCUCGCCCUCCAAGGUUACUCUGCGAACAAGGGCAAUGCUGGUGAUGGAAUCUACAACAACAAGAACGACUUUUCUCCCAACACUAGUACCGUUAUUCUGUUCAUGUUUGUCCUCGCUGUCGCCUUUGUCCUAUCGUAUGCCUACGUCUGGAUGGCGCGACUCUUUUCCAAGCAGUUCAUUUGGGUCACUGGUAUCCUCAAUGUGUGCUGGGCUAUCGGAACAGCCAUCUUUUAUCUCUGGCGCAAGUACUGGUCUGCUGGAAUUGUGUUCCUCAUCUUUGGUCUAUUCAUGGCAUUCUGCUUCUGGACAUGGAUCUCGCGAAUCCCCUUCUCCGCCCUCAUGCUCAAGACCACCAUCGACGUCAGCAAGAAAUAUGGUCAUGUUUAUCUUGUCAGUCUGAUUGGAGGCAUCAUCGCCACGGCCUUCUCAGCUUGGUAUGCCAUCACUCUGGUCGGAAUCUAUGUCAAGUACCAACCCGCCCAAGAUAACCCUUCUUGCGCCGACGGUGGUUGCGGCAAGGGCAAGGUCAUCGGUCUCAUCGCCUUUAUCACCUUUGCCAUGUACUGGUUCUCCGAGUGGCUCAAGAACACCAUCCAUACAACGAUUGCCGGUGUCUACGGCUCUUGGUACUUUAACCCUCACAACUUCCCCAAGGAUGCCACCCGCGCCUCUGCCAAGCGCGCCCUGACAUACAGCUUUGGUUCCAUUGCUCUGGGUAGCUUGUUGGUUGCCAUUAUCCAGUUCCUUCGUCAAAUCUGCAACGCCGCUCGCAACCAGGAGGGUGCAGACGGAAGCUUCGUCGGAUACGCCAUCUUCUGCUGUAUCAGCUGUUUGCUGGGUCUUUUGGAGUGGGCUGUCGAGUUCAUCAACCGCUACGCUUUCUGUCACAUUGCUCUCUACGGAAAGGCCUACUUUGCUGCUGCCAAGGAUACAUGGAAGAUGAUCAAGGACCGAGGAAUCGACGCUCUGAUCAAUGACUGCCUUAUCGGACCCGUCCUCUCCUUCGGCGCCCUCUUCAUCGCAUACGCCUGUGCCCUUCUCGCCUACCUCUACCUCUACUUCACCGACCCCGCCUACAACAACGACGGCCAGUACACCGCCGUCGUCAUGGCCUUUUCUUUCCUCAUCGGCUUCCAGAUCGCAAACGUCUUUACCACACCCAUCUCCAGUGGUAUCGAGACCAUCUUUGUCGCUGCCGGUUGGGACCCCCAGGUUAUGUGGCGCGAUCACCCGGAACUGUACAAUGAGAUGGUCAGGGUGUACCCCAAGGUCCAGCAGGUCAUUCAGGACCGCUAA